UGAUCUUACUGUAACAAUCCACUGAUAUUCAGAACCUUUUUGUUGAAGUCUCUUAGAACCAGGUUUUCUUAUGGACUCUGUAAAGUUCCACCUUUUACUGUGAAAUAAAUUUUGCCUGAACUCUGAAUACGUACAUGUUUUUGUCUUCUUGUUCAUCUGGGUAUGCUUAAUUUCUGCGUUUUUCUGGGUAAACUGUGUUGGGAUUUUCAAUAGAACUGAAAAUGUUACAAACCCAACAAGGAGCAGCUGUUCUUGUUUCUAAAUUGCUGAAAACCCCACCACUCAAAGCUCUUACACUCUUCAAAUCCUCAAUCGAGCAAGGGUUUCAUCAAACCCACCAAUCUUUUUCUAUAAUCCUAGACGGACUUCUCUCGAGCAACUCCAUCUCAGUUGCUCAAUCUCUAAUCUUACAGUUAGUUUCCGGCAGAAUCACUUCACCCCAUUUCACAGUUCCUUCAUUACUUCAGUAUUUGACUCAUUCCUGUUUCUUGAAUUCUACUCCUUUAUAUGAAAUUGUCAUCAAUGCCCAUCUUCAAUCUCAGUUAAUAGAACAAGGGCUGAUCUUUUUUAAUGAAAUGAUUGAUAAAGGACUUGUACCUUCAUCGAACACUUUUAAUAGUAUUCUUUCUAGUGUUAUAAAGAAUGGAUCUUUUGAAAAGGCUUGGUUGAUUUUCGAAGAAUCAAUGGGGAAGGAGUUCUUGGAUAUGUAUAGUUUUGGGAUAGUGAUAAAGGGUUGUUGUGAAUUUGGUGAUUUGAAUGGUGCUUUUGAGGCAUUAGCUAAAUUGAAACAAAUGGGGUGGCGGCCGAAUGUUGUAAUAUAUACUACUAUCAUUGAUGGGUGUUUUAAGUAUGAUGAUGCUGGAAGAGCAAAGGAGUUGUUUAGUACGAUGCCAGUCGAGGGUAUAAUACCUAAUCAGUACACUUACUCUGUAUUACUUAAUGGUUUCUUUAGGCAAGGACUUAAAACGGAUGGAUUCGAGCUUUAUGAGAAGAUGAAGCUUGAUGGAGUGUUUCCUGAUAUAUACACUUAUAAUUCUCUUAUUAACGUGUAUUGCAGCGAUGGAGAAAUUAGCAAAGCUUUUGAAUUAUUUGAUGCAAUGCGUCAUAAUGGGGUAGUAUACAAUGUUGUAACUUAUAACACUUUGAUUAGAGGGUUAUGUCAAGAGAAGAGAGUGUUGGAAGCUGAGAAACUAGUGGAUCAAAUGAAGCUGGCUGGGUUGCACCCUAAUUUGAUCACAUAUAACACUCUAAUAGAUGGGUGUUGUAGUGCUGGAAAGCUUGAGAAAGGAUUAACUUUGUUCAAUCAGAUAAAGUCAUAUGGGUUAACACCUACAUCAAUCACGUAUAAUACUUUAAUUGCGGGUUUCUCUAGAGCUGGAAAUCUAUCAAAGGUUGUUGACUUUGUUCGUGAGAUGGAGGAAAGAGGCAUAUUUCCUUCAAAAGUCACAUACACAAUUCUUAUUGAUGCAUUUGCUCGAUCCAACGACAUGGAAAAAGCACUUGAGGUGUUCUCGCGUAUGCAUAAAGCUGGUUUGACUGUAGACCUUUGUACAUAUGGUGCCUUGAUACAUGGGUGGUGUAGUCAAGGGAAUAUGAAGGAAGCAUCGAAAUUGUUCCUAUCGAUGUCUGAAUAUCAUCUACAGCCUAACGAUGUAAUAUACAAUACGAUGAUAUUUGGAUACUGUAAAGAGAGCAGUUCCUAUAGAGCCUUGAAGCUGCUCAAAAAAAUGGUUGAGAAUGGAAUGAUUCCAAAUGGAGCAAGCUAUUGCUUGACGAUUGAAGUUCUUUGUGGUGAUGGGAAAUGGAAAGAGGCCGAGGUUUUAGUCAGUGGCAUGAUGAAAUUUGGUCUAAAACCCUCGGUUUCAUCACGUGAUCUGAUUCAAAAGGCAAAGAACGUGACAACUUAAAGUUAUUAUGAAAGCGAUACCUGAAAUGUAUGCACACAAUAAGCAUGUGAAGCAACAUCAACUAGAAAAUGAAUGAAGGCUUAGAUACCUUAGAGUGCCUUGUCCUCAUCGUCAUGCCCUUGUUCUUGAGAUUAUGGAGAUUACUAAUUAAUCACAAGCUUACGCUGAUUCUUGAUAGAAAAGAAAAGAGGAAACCUUCUUUACAAGCUUGUAAACGAUUUAAUACUAUACUUCCUGCAGAAGUCUCAUCAACAUUGGAGUUUGGUAACCGCUGCAUGCUACUUUUUUCAUCAUAUGAUGCAGCAAAAGUAACAUGGUUCAUAUGUGUAGUUCUGUCAUAACAUUGGGUUGACGAUAUCAACUGUAGUGGCUUUUAGGAUCUACUGUUGUUGUCAGUGUUGUUUUCUCUCUAAAGAAGGUAACUUAAUGAAGUUGUUUGGAUUCCUCUGUGGGUUGAGGAUGACAAUCCGGGCUCACUAAAAUUUCUUGACAAGGGCAACUUCAAGUCAAGACACAAACCCUGAUGAUACUUCAUCGUGUUCCUUUUGCUGAAGGAUCGAGAUUUUUGAAGUGAUAGGAAGGGAAUCACUAAUGAUACUGUCAGCAUAGUUCAUUUUAGAUUAAUUCUUCUUUUGCUGUGGUAUCUCAUAGUGGAAUGAUCAAGAGUUUUUUUAAGGUUUUUGUUGGGAUUGAUAUGCACGUUGUGUUGAAAUCUCCAGUAAGAAGGUGAUAGAAUUUGGAUAAUUUGAGCCACCCCUGAAUUCAGUCACCAUGGCUGAUGGAUACAAGCUCAUGAUGCAACUUCAUUUUUUAUUAAUCUUUUUUUGUAGGUAAUCGAGUAUCCUUAUGCACGAAGAUAAUCAAUUUGCUUGUUGUGUUCGAACUCUAUUAUGGUUUUUUUCAACCACAUUCU